AUAUUACUACCAAGAUGCCUAUAGCAUUGAGAAGCGUUUUGAUCAGCGACGCCGUCGAUGACGCCUGUGUCGCCCUCCUAACGAGCCAUGGGGUUCCCGUGACGACAAAGUACAAGAUGCCCAAGGAAGAACUUCUCCAAGAGAUCAAACAUCAUGAUGGUCUGAUUGUUCGAUCUGAUACAAAAGUUACUGCUGAAGUAUUAGCAGCAGCCUCAAGUCUUCGAGUCGUCGGUCGUGCUGGAACCGGCGUUGAUAACAUUGACCUCCAGGCUGCAACUCGUAAAGGAAUCAUUGUGCUCAACACUCCAGGUGGAAACAGUAUUAGUGCUUGCGAAAUGACCUGUGCUUUGAUCACAUCGUUGGCACGAAACGUCGCACAAGCGGCUCAGUCGCUGAGGGAAGGUCGAUGGGACCGCAAAUUAUAUUCGGGACACGAACUGGCGGGAAAGACUCUCGCGGUUCUGGGACUAGGACGUAUCGGUCGGGAAGUUGCGAUAAGGAUGCAGUCCUACGGGAUGAGGGUGAUCGGAUUUGACCCGAUGACGUCUACGGAGGCUGCGAAGGAAUUUGGCGUAGAAAAAAUGGAGUUGGAACAAAUUUGGCCCCUUGCUGAUUACAUCACGGUCCACACACCCCUCAUACCACAGACUAGAAAUUUGAUCAACGCCACAACUUUGGCGAAAAGCAAAAAGGGAGUGCGAGUGAUAAACGUAGCUCGUGGUGGGAUCGUCGACGAGGAAGCUCUUCUCGAAUCGCUGAAAGCCGGACAUUGCGGGGGAGCCGCACUUGACGUAUUCGUCGAGGAACCACCGAAGAAUCCUGCCACCUUGGAACUGAUUCAGCAUCCAAAUGUUAUCGCGACUCCUCACUUAGGUGCCAGCACAACGGAGGCUCAGCAACGAGUCGCGGUUGAAAUUGCAGAGCAAUUCUUAGCAAUAUCUGGUAAGUCGACAGAGUACUCGGUGACUGGAAUAGUAAACGCGCCAAUUCUGGCGGCGGCAUUAUCGGACGUGAAUGCGGCGUGGAUAAAUUUAUCGAAGAAGCUUGGACAACUGGGUGGAAAGUUCCUGAAAAAGGGGUCCGAAGGUAUCAACAUCGAAAGCCAAACAGUCGGUUCCGACAUGGAGAAGAAAAAGUUCGUUCACACAGCCGUUUUGGUCGGCAUACUUGCCGGGCAGACGAAGAAUGGACUAAAUCUUGUCAACGCGCCAAUUCUUGCCAAAGACAUCGGCGUCAGUAUUAAAGAAAGUCACGCUGAUGGCGAAAACGCGGUUGUCGUCAAAGUUGGCCAACACCAAGUCAAAGGAACCGUUCGUGGAGCGAAUGAGCCGCUCCUCCUUUCCAUCGACGACGCGAUCUUCCCGAAUGGCGUUCUUCUCGACGAAAAUCUCUCUCUGUACCGAGGAAGCGGACCUGGUGAUCUGGCGAGUAUCGUGACAGCCUUAUCGGCAAAGGGAGUUCAGAUCCAAAGCUUGAACUCAACCGGAAAAUGGGUUGCGGUUCAAACGAAUCAAGAAAUCACUGUGAAUGUUGAUGGCGUCGAGAGCUUUUGAGCUGAUUCGAACUCUCGCUACAGAAUAAGUUGUACCUUGAAGAAUUUUUUGUGAUUCAGUAUUGUCAGAUCGUAAUGUGAUAGAUCGUAUUUUUCUGUACGUAAUAAUCGUUAAUAUGCACGUGAGUUACGGGAAGCAGCAAGGAUCAGAUGCUUUCUUCUUUUAUCGAUUCAUCGCGAACCGAUAUUCCUUGUGUGUACUUUCAGAAUGUAUCUGAAUGUCGUACAAUUUAUUUUUGGCAGUGCCAAAAUAAUAUCACGUAAUCAAGACUAUCACAUUUUGUUACGGUUUUAUAACAGACGAGCAUUAAUCAGCGUAUAUUAACCUCGUCUCCGUAAUAUUUUUUCUUUUUAUUAACUAAUUGUUAAGUAUAAAUGGUGUACACUUGAAGCGAGACUUUGUAAUUCUUUUAAAAAUCAAGUGUCCAAUAUUGUUGAAUAAGUUUGUUGAAAUUGAAUUUUUCAUACUGUUUUUAUCGGGAGAAAUUUUUAACGAAUAAAUGCACAAGUUCAAAACCUUG